AUGGCCACUGUUGCCCUCACAAGGCCAAUCUCCGAGCACACGCAAUCAUCCGUUUUGGACGUACCUUACACGUCGCCGCUAUCGCUUGAAGGUCUCAAUUCGCUGUCUGCAUCUCGAGAUGACAAGCUUCCAGUGCCCAACAAACACCUACCAGCCUGCCCUACUGGCCCGGCUGUGAAGGACCAGCUCGAAACCCCUCCAGACUCCCCAAAGGAGGACCAGCACUACGCCCAGCCGUCGAUUCUCUACCCACCACAAGGCUAUGAUCGUCUCGAUUCAGGCUCGGAGUCUGUAUAUCAGAUUAAUGCCACUACUGUUGUCGAGGCCUUGAGCUCCUUCUCUCGUAUUCCGCUUGCCCACCCAACCCUUGUAUUCCCCUGGUUGCACGGGUUGCAUCCCCACAAUCAUAUCCAGCGGAGCUUCUUCAGUGCAAAGCGGAGUACCAGUCGCAGGGCUCCGCCCUUCCUGAGGAACAUCACUAUUGUCAAGGCCGAUGGCGAUCUAUCUGUUUCUCGUCUCAAGGGUGCCAUCGCUCCUCAAGAAGUUAUCCAUCUUGGCCCCAACCCCCAAUUCGUCGAAGCAGACCCGCCCAAGGGCUUCUCAGUACGCAAUUUUCAUAUACAGCCCGCAAAAGUCGCCUUGACUUCGGAUAUCAUCGUCUAUGGUGACAACAUCUCUGAUGUCCGAAGGCUGGCUUUUGCUUUCGCCUCGGCUCAGCGCUUGCGGAGGGAGAAGCACUUGACCUACGACCAGCAAUUCCCACAGUACAACACGUUUAUCUGUACAAGUGCCUUUGCCGAGUUUGAGGCAAAUUAUCAGGAGACCGUGGCAAUUGACUCAAAUGGUCACCCGACUGGGAAGGUACUAGACUUCUUUGAGCAGGAGAGGCAGGAGAUGUGGUACAUGACGCAGGCGUCCGAGAUAAGCCACAAUGUCUUUCUCGGCCCAACCCCCGAAAGGGGAAGUGCGGAUGAGGCGCCCUUCGAUAUCCUUAUCGAGUGCAGUGAUGGCGGCAGACUGAAUCCCGAUGUGCUGAAGCACAUAUUGGCUACGUACAGCGACGAAGUAAUGCCCAAAAUUUAUCACGACUUCCCAUCGUCGGGCAGCAUUCUCCCACCCACAUACUGUCACGUUGAAGCUGAUGAUAUUCUGGAAACAUGCAAGUGGAUAUAUCACCUGGCUCAUGGGUCCCGCCCAUCGACAGAGUCUUUCGAGGGCACUCUUGAAGAAAACAGCUCUAUGUCUACUGACGGCGACAAGGCCGCCCCACGUUAUCCACCUCGCAAAAUCCUCAUCCACUGUGCCGAUGGCUAUACUGAGUCCUCCAUGCUGGGUAUUGCCUACUUCAGCUACAGUACCGGAUGUCCUCUUGCCAAGGCAUGGGUCGACCUCCACAAGGCUCAGGGCAGAAACUUCUUUGCCUAUCCCAGCGACGUAGCUCUCCUCAAAACGAUUGCCCCCAGGCUACUCCAUGAGUCGCCUGCGUGCUCCAACCGGGGGCUUCUCGAAAUAUCUGACAUGGUCAGGGAGGAGCCUCAUUGGUUUUCCGCAAUGGACGGCUCCCUACCUAGCCGUGUCCUCGACUACUUAUACCUGGGAAACAUCACCCAUGCCAACAAUCCCGAUCUUCUCCGCGAGCUCGGCAUCUGUCAGGUUCUGAGCGUUGGCGAGAAGGCCACUUGGGAUGAUGAUGUUCUAGAGGCAUGGGGCGAGGACAAUACUUGCAUUGUCGAUAACGUUCAAGACAAUGGCAUCGAUCCACUGACAGAUCAGCUCGUUCGUUGUCUUGGGUUCAUUGACCGUGGACGUCAAAACGGGACGGCAACUCUUGUCCAUUGUCGUGUUGGUGUCUCCCGCAGCGCCACCAUCUGUAUCGCCGAGGUUAUGCGCGCCAUGAAAAUGUCAUUUCCUCGUGCAUACUGCUUCGUAAGAGCACGUCGCCUCAACGUCAUUAUUCAACCUCAUCUACGCUUCACGUAUGAACUUCUGCGUUGGGAGGGAAUGCUCCAGCAGGAUGGCGACCCAGAUGCCCCCGUCAAACGUGAAAUGGAGUGGGCACAAGUCACGAGGGAGAUUGCCCUCAUGAAUCUCCCCUAUUCCAGAUGA